GGGAUUGGUCAAAGCAGUCACAAGACGAUGAAGUAAAAAAAAAAAAACAUUGAAAGCGUCUCCACCAUUGAGAACAGCAGCUGCAGCUUCACAGCCUUGUAACUCUACAACACAAUGAGUGAAUCACUGGUAGUCUGUGAUGUGGAUGAAGAUCUGGUUAAAAAGCUGAAGGAGUUUCGUUUCCGGAAGGAGACCAACAAUGCCGCCAUCGUUAUGAAGAUCGAUAAAGACAAGCAGCUUGUUAUUCUUGACGAAGAACAUGAGGAUAUUUCUCCUGAUGAUCUAAAGGACGAACUGCCUGAGAGACAGCCCAGAUUUGUGGUCUACAGUUAUAAAUACCAACAUGAUGAUGGACGUGUGUCUUAUCCCCUCUGCUUCAUCUUCUCCAGUCCAGUGGGUUGCAGACCAGAGCAGCAGAUGAUGUACGCAGGAAGCAAAAACAAACUGGUGCAAACUGUUGAACUGACCAAGGUGUUUGAGAUCAGAAACACAGAGGACCUAACGGAGGAAUGGCUGAGAGAGAAACUUGGGUUCUUCCGCUAAAGUUGUCACCUCAUCCAGAGGUCUGGGAUGUGAGGAGGAUCCAGAUUGCACAACUCGUUUCCUCUCCGAGAGAACACGCAACAGUUAAUAUUUCCCUCCUCUUUGUAUCAGACCUGAUUUAAAUAGUGUUUGCUCUCUGCACUCAGUUUUAGGCCUGUUCGAUGGAGUUUAUUACAAUUCUACGUGUGCUAAAAGGUUCAGACAAUCGAAGGAGUUUGAACAUUCGUGGCGCUAACUACACCUCACCCACUCGGCAGCCUAAAACUUUAAAUGCUAUUUGACGCAGGUCUGCUUUUGUCUCCCAAACAAUCUCUCCAUGUGCCAGUUGUGUGUCUGUGUUGAAUUAACACUCCCAUAGAUCUUCAAGUGGACAGAAAUUGAUCUUAUGUAUCCGCCCUUUCGCCGUACAUUCAUUCCGCAGACUUUAAAGGCAUUGUAACUACAGUUUGUGUUUACACUUAUAGCAGUUUUUUUGCAUCUCUGAACCCCCUGAGUUUCACCUUUUUAUGUUUUUUAAUUUUUCAGAAUUUGAGGGAGACUUAUUUUUAGAUUUUUUUUAGCUAUUUCUGUUGUAUGUAGGGUUAGGUAAACAUAUAGAUUUCAUUUCCUUUUGUUGUUAAAUUCCCACCAGAACCUCUGAACAAUCACAGCUACAACCCAGAGAACAAUAAUAAUUUCUGUUUUUGUCGGUCUCUCUUCGGUGUUCAUUCAAGGGCAUUUAAAUUACAAUUUACACACUGUCAUCACUCCAGUCUUUAAAGCAAAAGAACACUACUACUUACAUAUGAUGUGUUACAACACGAACAAGCUGGCAGACGCCCUUCACUGGUGCUUAUUCUGCUGCAGAUUUGACCCUGUUAGUCUGUCACCAGAUCUGUUUAUCUCUGUUUUGAGGAAAAACAGCGUGAAUCAUGGGUAAUGCCUUUGACCUGCAUAUUUGUUACAAAGAUAUAACACUCCAGGAAACAAUAUUUUCACUGAAACAUUCCAGACGUGAACAUUUACACACGAAACCUCUAGCGACCAUGACAGUCAUGACAACACUGCACACAGGGCGGCAAUACCUGCCCUCUUUUUAAUCUACUGGGCUCCUCUUCUAAGUGGGUUACUGUGUCUUUAGGGAGAUUGUUAGCUAUUAUUGUGCAUUAUAGCUCUUACUGUUAUUAGUGUUUCUGAAUGUUGUGCUUAAUUCUCAUGUAAAGCCACUUUUGAUUGCUUCAUGGUUGCAGCCUUGUGAAUGAUGGCUGCGACUUCUCCAAAUGCCAGUUGUGCUUAAUAUUUAGACUUGGUAGGUUAAAGGAACAGCAUGUGGGCAAUUUACAUCCUCCAUACAGAACAGGGUUCGACCAGUGUAGCUCUUUGACAACUGAUAUUUAUGUACUAAAUGUGCCAGCUGCUCAUUUUUUGUGCCAAUGCCGCAUAUCCUCAGUGAAAAAUGCAACACUUUCAGCUUUUAGCAUGUUUUGAAUGAGUCGAAGCAACAGAAAUGUGUCACUUUCUACUCUAUUCUAUACAUUUGGCUAUUUUCUGGCCCCAAAAGGACUUUAAAAAAUCCUCCGAAGCAGCAAUUAAACCAGUGCAGCACCCUUAAAACCAGUUGCUAAUACUUUAAGCUCUUAACAGCAGGGUGACAAGUCCCCAGUGGGGUUAACCCAAAAUCAGCACACAUAAUUAAAUGUUUGGAACAUGCUACACUCUGGUUUUGUAUGCAAGACAGAGACCUCAACUUGAAGGGCAGAGUUCUGGUUCGUAAGAUCAGCUCAGUAUAUUGGUGUGACCCUAAUAAAGAACUACAGGCACAAAUGAAUUCCACAUGGUCUCUCAUCAGUGUUGUCUCCUGCUCAGAAACUCCUAUUUUGGAAACACAUAAGGGAGAGUUGUGGCCAGUUUAAAGCCACAUAAUGUAUGAUGUUACUGCUAAGUCUACCAUACCAAUGCCUUUUCUUAUCUUUUCUAUUCUUUAUCAUGUCUAUGUCUGUUUAAAGACCAUGAGACCAGAAAUGAAAAAACUGACACAAGAGAAAAACUGAAGGACACUGAAAAAGCUUUUUUUGCUCACUGUUUUUUUUUUUUUUUUUAACUGUGGUCUGAACUUCCAGGAAAGAUAAUCUUGUUCUUCAAAUGCAGUCCUGGUCACAGUAAAUAAUAGAAAUGGUUUCUUUUCCCAGAGAUCGGACUCAAAGAUAUGUACGUACAAUCAAACCACUUCAUGUAAAAUCAUUUGUUGAUGUCAAAUAAUAGACGGUAAAUUAUGAUUUACAUGUCAGGACAGGGUUUAACCCAACAGGAACAGCGGGACACAACUGAAAUCACAUGUUUUAAUAUCUACUGAUAACCAGAGUUACACUGUCAGCUUGAUAUUAACCAGUAUUAUGCUGCUGUAGCAGAAAAACUUGACUCCCACCAGGGUGAUAGUUGUGUUUAUAAUCUUUUUUUCCCCCCUUUCUCGAGCUGAAGUUGUACCUUUUUUGUUUUGUUUUAUGACCCAAAAGACUUGCAAAACACUUUAAAAGGUCAUGGUAAAUUUUGAAAAAUGCACACUUCAUCUGAAAUUAAUACUUGAUUUUGACUGAUUUUGAUGUGAAUUUAAAAACAUAUUUAUUGGUUUUCUUUUCUAAAUUCUUAAAACCUCUAAAAUGUGGAGAGCUACUGUAAAAGACGUACAUUUGUUGAUGUAUUUAAACAGUUUUUUUUAAGCCCAAGGACGUGCUUAACCAUUUUCUGCUCGGUUGCAUUAAUUCUUUGACUGAUACAGUUUAUUUGCACAUGACCUCUUUAAAAUGGGGCAACAUUUGCAUCUCAGACAUCUGGUCCCAUGUGUGGUCUUACUCUUAAAUCCAAUAUUUACAUAACGACAGUCAUUUUUUGAAAUAAACCUGCUGCUGUUGCUAUUUUCCUGGAAAUGUGAUGUAAUAAACAGUUUUGUUCAUCAUGUCUCCCCAGUAUAAGGCCUGUUCAACUGGAGCCAUGUAUCUGGUCAUGUCCUGUGGAUCUAAUAGCUUUUCCUCCUAUGUGGUGAACUUGUUGUAUAUUUGGCCUUGAGUCUUUUACUUUUAACCUGCAAAUGUGUCGUUCAGCUCUUGAUGUCCUCUCUGAUCAAAUGCCUAUUCUAUUUUCUUUCCUUUUUACUAAAAAAAAUCAAAAAACACCUGAGACAUCUACCAUAACCAGCUGCCUCAUGGCAUCAGUGAAACUUGAGAUAUUUGUAUUUUCCCAUACUUUAUAAAAGUGUCUAUUGUCCAAAUAAAAUGACAGUGAUGUCUAAA